AUGGUUUUCAAAAUUCUCCUCCUCUCUAUCCUUGUCCACCAGCUCCACGGCGCUUGUGUGGCUCCAGAAGCCCCCCAAACUCGUCCGGAGCAACCUCUCGCUCGUGCGGGACGAAUUAUGGGCGGUAACCUUACUGUAGCUCCAGAAAAGGAAGAGCCAAUUAAAAAGACAACUACGACUGAAAAGAUAAUUACCACUGAGAAGCCAACAGAGAAGCCAACAGAGAAGCCAACCACGACUACUACCACGACGACUACAACUACUACCACUACGACGACCCAACGACCAAUUGACUGCACUCCACACUAA